AUGUCAAGCUUACUGAACAUUCAUGGCGCACCUUUUCGCCAGCCACAUCCUCCCCCACCUGAGCUUAAUGACACAAAUACCUCAGGGAACUUCAUGAGAAAGAAGUCCUUCAGUGAGGAAGUACUGACUCCUACAACGGAUUCCAGUACCGAAUCAUGGAGUACAAAAGCAACGUCGCAUGGUGGGGUCACCUUGAAUGGCGAUUAUAAGACUCCCAGUAACAUUGUAACCGUUAAGGCCAAUGCUCUUUCGCUUGCGAACCUUCCAUCUGGAUUCUUGAUACCGAAUCACUUCACCCAUCCUCAAGUUCCUUCGGCAGGACAUGCCAAAGCGGUUGAGAAGCAGGACGAGCGUGAUGUUGACCGGGCAGAGCCCUCAAAAGUCAUCUCAUCCUCCUUUGCAUCAGAUAGUGGCGUGUUCAGCGGCUCAAAUACUCGCAGUCAUACUACUGCAACUACAUUAGGGAGCGAUGAUCUUCUUUCAUUGCUUAAUGGUCGAGCCUUUGGGGCUGAUUGGAGAACAACCGAUUUCAAAGAAUCACCAGCGAGCUGGUUAAACCGCUCAGCUGGCGAGGCAAGCAAUAGAUUCGGCCUUCUCGCAGUCGAUGAUCAGGAUAUCCACCAACCCCAAUCUUCACCUGGUAACAUCAGAAAUGAUGUGCGAGAACCAUUCGAACAUACCCCAUCUCGCUUCCCGCAGUCUCAAGAUCGACAACCGCAACCCUGGCGCAGCAGAUAUCUAUCAAACGCUCCAAGCAACGGCGAGGAUGAUGACUCUGCUUAUGAACAGCAGAAAGCUUCGUGGGACUCUACUUCACGAAUUCCUAAAUUUGAUAGCCCGGCACUCCAAAAGGAUAAGUGGAGGAGAUCAAGCGAACUGCCCAAGUCUAAUAUGGGCGAAUUUGCUUCUGGCAACAGAAUCCCCUUCUCUGGCGACAAGCCUUCCCCUUGGGCUGACGACAACAACGCUAGAAAGGGACAGAACAAUAUGUCUCUUGUAAGGGAGGGCCAAAGCCCUACUUCCAAGUUGAAACCAAGCACCGCAAGUCAGAAAGAGUUCUAUCGGCCAUGUAUGAUGGCGAAUGGUACUCGAGAGCGCUUGGCUGGCCAGAGAUAUCAAGGAGACAAAAACUCGGACUAUUACUUGUCGCACAAAGAUCUUCCGGAUGAUCAGAACUGCUCGUUGUGGCUUUCCGACAUUCCACUCACCAUGACUCCUUCCAAAAUCUUUGACCUGAUCGACUGUGGAGCGGUAUGGGUCCUUGAUCUGAAGAAUCCAGAUCGAACUCACUCUCGCAGAGCUGCUGAUCUUUGCUUCAUGACCCCUGAGUCCGCAGCCACAUUCUACAACUCUGUAAAACAAGGCCGUGUCUUAAUGGAAGGUUGCAGAUUUAGCGUUAUCUACAACAAACACGGCGUGCCAAGACGUAACAAACAACAAAGCCGUGUGAUUUUCGUUGACGGACCAGCAGAAAUCAUGACCGUCGCUUACUGGAAAGAGUAUUUCGAAUACUACAACGUUUUCUUCUGGGAUCGGGUCACCGCACGCGACAUGGAUGGUGGUCGAAAGCACAUGCAAUUCAGAUUCGUCCGAAUGCCGGCCCAGUCUCAAAUAUGUCUGCAAGCUCUUCUGCGAGAUGAGAAGAUGACAAUGUUGGGUGUUAAGGCUGGCUAUGUGCCGGAUCCCUGCGACAGGAGGUUUUAUCACGAGUCUUUGGAUCAGGAGGUCCUUGCGUAUGAUGUUAAAAGCGACAAUCGCAAUCAGCCAGCUAACGGAUACGUUGAUUACAAGGAGUUGCUUGAUAUUGUUCCAGAGAGGUAG